GUCGACGUCAUCAUUGGCUGGAGUACUUUUCGAAGGCGGCGACAAAGAAACGCAGUACAUUUUGACUGAUGCCAAUUUACACUGUAGGCUUGUCGGUUCCUCCUGGACUAAAUGGCUCAUGGCCAAACUGCAGGCUGCUACUGUUUCGAACCAGGUCGUCAACAGAAAACGAAAGCGCCGCUCCAAAGACGAUGACCAUGCGGCACAGGACAGUGCGCCCGAUGCCGCUACUGCGACAACCACGACCACCAAAGUCCCUACCAAGACUCAGGAUGGAGGUGCAAAGCCUAGAAGAACGAAGGCGACAUCGAAGCCAGCCAUUGUCCGACGUGACUCGUCUACCAAUCUUGUCGAAUCCGAUAUACCUUGGCCUGAUCACUUCAAGUACCUAUCUCAGCUGCAUCGAGCGCUGAACGUCGUCUACACAUUUUGCUGUACGCGAAGACAUUUUGCAACGACGUGGGAAAACAUAAAGUCUACCGUCGAAGGUCACAUCAAGAGACCGUUAGUCGAGGAAGAUGUUGCACAAGUCAAAGCCCUCGUACCUCGCGCCAUCAAUUUCGCAUAUGUCGAUGAGGAACAUCUAUUGGUCACAGUGAUGGGAGAAGAAGAUGGGAUCAAAGGUGGAAGAGCUGAACACUUCAGAUCCUUGCAGGAAGAUGAAAGUGGUCCCAAAGACAAGAUUGAGACACCGAAAGAGUUGCUGUUCUUUGAGUUCAUCGAUGGUGAUUUGAAGAGGCAGGUCAUUGACCCUAAGACAGGACAGCCUACCAAAGCCACCAACAAGCUGAGAAACGAGGACUUGAAGGUUCCGGUCUUUAGCCAGAAAUCAAUGCUCAAGCUCAUCGAAAAACGCAAUGCCAAAUUCACGUCCGCAAUAAACGCUUUCCUCAACCUGUGUGCAGAAGAAGGGAAGGACGCUGUUAAAGAGAUCCUGGAGUUGAAGCAGCUGUAUAUUCCUUACCCCUCCACCAGUCGCGCAGACACUCCGGCGCCGGAGCCUGCUGGCUUGCCCAAGAGCAUCCCGAAAGAAAGAGAGUCCAUCUCCCAGAUUGUCAAGGAGAUUACUGAGUUGGAGUGGUACACUCAGCAGAUCGUUCCCGAUGGACAUCGUGUCUUUGACCCCCAACCAGCUAUAUAUGGUGAAAUCAACUUCCCGCUGUCGCAAAACCUGGUCAAUGCUCUGUACAACAGUCGGAACAUCACCCAACUCUAUUCUCAUCAGGCUGAAGCCAUCAACAACCUCCACAAUGGCCAUCACGUCAUCGUUUCGACAUCAACAAGUUCAGGCAAAUCGUUGAUCUACCAGAUACCCAUGUUGCACGAGCUUGAAAAAGACCCCGAGAGUCGAGGCAUGUACAUAUUCCCCACCAAGGCUCUUGCCCAGGACCAACGGCGCAGCAUGAAAGAAUUGCUGCAAUAUAUUCCGGGGCUUGAAAGCACUAUCGUCGAGACUUUUGAUGGCGAUACUCCAAUGAACGAAAGAAACAGUAUAAGAGAUGAAGGACGAAUCAUUUUUACGAAUCCAGACAUGCUUCACAUCACGAUUCUACCACAGGAAAGUGGAUGGAGAACUUUUCUCCGUAACCUCAAAUAUGUGGUUGUCGACGAGUUGCAUGUAUACAACGGUCUGUUCGGCGCCCAUGUAUCAUUCAUCAUGCGCCGGCUUCGCCGAAUAUGUGCAGCGGUGGGAAACCGCAAAGUGAAAUUCAUAUCGUGCUCAGCCACGGUUGCGAACCCUGAAGAGCACAUGAAGACCAUAUUCGGUGUCGACAAGGUCAAGCUGACCGACUUCGAUGGAUCACCGUCAGGGCGCAAAGAGUUCAUCUGCUGGAACACUCCGUUCAAGGAUCCUGGUGAUCCGUCCUCCGGUCGAGGCGACACGUUCGCAGAGACAGCCCGUUUGAUAUGCCAACUCAUUUUACGUGGCGUCCGAACGAUCGCUUUUUGCCGUGUGCGCAAACAGUGUGAAGUGCUGCUAGCGGCUGUCAGGACUGAAUUCACAAACCUCGAGAGGCCAGAGUGUGGAGCGCUAGUCAUGGGUUACCGUGGCGGCUACUCAGCGCAAGAUCGUCGCCGCAUCGAAUCCGAAAUGUUCGGUGGCAAGCUUAUGGGCAUCAUCGCAACGACAGCCCUAGAACUAGGUGUUGACAUAGGAUCCCUGGACGCGGUAGUCACCAUGGGCUUCCCGUACACCAUAGCGAAUCUGCGUCAACAGAGUGGUCGUGCUGGACGUCGCAACCGAGACUCGCUCUCCGUGCUGGUGGGUGACUGCUUCGCAGUUGACCAGUAUUACAUGCAAAACCCAGACGAAAUCUUCACAAAACCGAAUUGCGAACUCCAGGUGGAUCUGCAGAACGAACUGGUCGUCGAAGGCCACAUGCAGUGCGCCGCAUACGAAAUGCCAAUUAAACCCGACGAGGACGUGAAGUUCCUGGGGAAGAUGCUACCUGAGAUAUGCGAGGAGCGACUGACGUACGAUCCUAUGGGCUUUUACCACUGCAACGAACGUUUUCGGCCCUUGCCCUCAAAGUGCGUGGCUAUUCGCGACACCGAGGACGAGCAUUUCGCGGUGGUUGACAUCACGCACGGGCGCAAUGUGGUACUCGAAGAAGUCGAGGCUUCUCGCGCAUUCUUCACGCUGUACGAUGGCGGCAUCUUCCUGCACCAGGGUCGCACCUAUAUGGUCAAAGAGUUCUCGCCGGAGCGCAAGAUCGCGCGCGUGCAGCUCGUCAAGGUCGACUGGACGACCCAGCAGCGCGACUACACGGAUGUCGACCCCAUAGAAACAGAACAGGUGCGUCGCGUGUCGACCGAAUCCCUCACCAAAGCGUACUUUGGCCGGAUCAAAGUCCAGGCCGUGGUCUUCGGGUUCUUCAAAGUCGAUCAGAAGCGUCGUAUCCUCGAUGCCGUUGCCGUCGACAAUCCUCCGGUCAUCAUCCACUCGCGCGGCCUGUGGCUCGAUGUGCCCAAGUUUGCACUGCAGAUUCUGCAGGACAAACGGCUCAAUCUUGCUGCGGGCAUCCACGCCGCUGAACAUGCCGUCAUGAGUCUCAUGCCGCAAUUCGUGGUCAGCAUGCCCGGCGACGUGAGGACCGAGUGUAAGAAUGCGCUCAAGGAGUUUGCGAAACGGGAGACGCAGCGCAAACGACCCGCCAGAUUGACCUUUUACGAUGCCAAGGGCGGUGCGGCGGGUUCGGGUAUCGCGGCGAAAGCGUUUGAGUUUGUCGAUAUUCUUCUUGAGCGUGCCGUGCAGCGUGUCUCGGCUUGUCAUUGCCUCGAGGGGUGUACCGAGUGUAUUUGCGAUGAGCGGUGUAAGGAGAAGAACAUGAUCAUGAGCAAGGCUGGGGCUGAGGUCAUUUUGAAGAGUCUUAUUGGCGCGGAGAUCGAUAUCGAUGCGCUGCCUGAAGGUGAGGAGGAAAGAGUACCUGCUGGCGUGGAGACUGUCAUCAUGGCUACCGAGGUCAUGGGUAGGAAUGGGCGUAAAGUUGUUGAGAAGGACUUUAUCAAGCAGGAGAAGAGCGAUGAUGAUUGUAUCAUCAUCAAGGAAGAGCCUGAUGAUAUCUAGAUUGAGGAUAUGCAGUAAUGUUCUUCUUGUCCAAAAUGAUGAUUCGGCAGGAUAUAAACACCAUCUCUUCACGGCGCGGCCUGGGAAGCACUUGCAUAUGGACUUGCGAAUAGUCUGGGUGAAGGUUCUGGACCAAACUUGGGGAAUGUCACCUAGACUACCGUCAAAGAAAUGUCCAAGCGAAUACGUUCGAGGCGACCGCCCUUGCACAUGGACUUGGACAUUUUCUUAUGACGAUGGUCUGGGAGGGCGACUUGGACACUUUGCACUUGGACAUUUUUUUCACGGUAGUCUAGGUGAAAACAUGGACGCUUUGGACUUGGACAUAUCUGUGGCCGUUGGGCCGGGAGGGC